AUGAAAAGUUUAAGGCGAGAUGUUUCUUCCAAUCCGCAAGCCGCCAAUGUCACCAGCAAAGUCUUUGUGAGGUCUACGAAAAGUGGGAAGGUGCAAAAGAUUGUUCGUGAGCUCUAUUUGAGGCAAGACAUUCCUUGCUCUUCAAAGCUCUGCUCGAUAUGCCCUUCGGUCGCUCCGGCAGACGCCAGUGGAAAAAUUGCGCCAUUCGUCCUGUCCGAUCGCCCGGCGGGCACCAAGGCAUUCCCCCAUGGUCACUACCUCGUCCCUGAUACAAAUGCGCUCCUGAAUGGCAUGGAUCUUUUUGAACACACUGGUGCUUUCUACGAUGUGAUCAUCCUUCAAACCGUCCUUGAAGAGCUCCGAAACCAGUCCCUGCCUCUCUACAACCGCCUUCUUUCCCUGAUCAAGACUGAUGAGAAGCGCUUUUACCUCUUCUUCAAUGAGUUUCGCCUGGAAACACAUGUGCGGAGAGGUCCGGAGGAGUCGAUCAAUGAUCGAAACGACCGCGCCGUCCGUACGGUGGCCGGCUGGUACGAGGAGCAUCUCCGAGCUUCAGCCAAGAAGGGCAAGAAGGAAAAGUCCGUUCCUGCGAUGGUCGUCAUUACCGACGAUAAAGACAGCAUUCGCAAGGCCAAGGCAGAAAAUGUUACGGCCGUAUCUCUGUCAGACUAUGUCGCCGGUCUUGAGGACUCGGAGAAGCUGCUGGACAUGAUCAGCGAGGCCAGAGAAGCGCGGGAUUCAAAGGGUUCUGCUCGUGGGGAGCUGUUCUACCCCGAGUACUACUCCAUGUCAAAACUCAUGACUGGGUUACGAGCGGGAAAUUUGCACCAAGGGGUGUUCAAUGUUUCUCCAUACAACUACUUGGAAGGCUCCGUAAAGGUUCCGGCCUUUGACAAGCCGCUUCUUAUUCUAGGUCGUGAUAACAGCAACCGUGCAAUUACAGGUGAUGUUGUUGCCAUUGAAGUACUCCCCAAAGACCAGUGGAAAUCGCCCUCAACGAAAAUAGUCGACGAGGAGGCCGUGACCAAGAAUGACAAUCCUGAUACUGACGAAACUGAAGCUAUUGUCACGGACAGAGAGCGCAAGGCCCUGCAGGAAGAGGUCAAGCAGGCCCAUGGCAAGCACUCAGAAGGCAAGCCGCAACCAACCGCCAAGGUUGUCGGUGUGAUCAAGCGCAACUGGCGUCAAUAUGUGGGACAUGUGGAUUCAAAUUCAACCGCGUCACAAGCUGCAUCGGGUCGGCGACAGCAGACCGUCUUUGUGCUUCCCAUGGAGAAGAGAGUGCCAAAGAUCAGAGUCCACACCAGACAAGCUGGUCAUUUGCUCGGUCAGCGUAUCCUUGUCACUAUUGAUUCUUGGGACCGGGACUCUCGGUAUCCCACCGGCCACUACAUUCGAUCUCUGGGUGAGCUGGAGACAAAGGGUGCUGAGACCGAGGCUCUUCUCCUGGAAUAUGACGUACAAUACAAGCCAUUUCCCAAGUCUGUUCUGGAUUGUCUCCCAGCAGAGGGACACGAUUGGAGAGUCCCUACCUCCAAAGAGCACAAGGGAUGGAAUGGUCGACGAGAUCUUCGCGAUCUACUCAUUUGCAGUAUCGAUCCCCCAGGCUGCCAGGAUAUCGACGAUGCGCUGCAUGCGCGCGCUCUUCCUAACGGCAACUUCGAGGUCGGUGUUCACAUUGCGGAUGUGUCACAUUUUGUCAAGCCGAACAACGCAAUGGACCUUGAAGCAAGCGUCCGCGGUACAACCGUAUAUUUGGUUGAUAAGCGUAUUGAUAUGCUUCCGCAUCUUCUUGGAACAGAUCUUUGCUCGCUCAAGCCAUAUGUGGAACGCUAUGCCUUCUCGGUCAUCUGGGAAGUCACUCCCAAUGCAGAGAUCGUCUCGUCAGACUUUACCAAGUCCGUCAUUCGCUCACGCGAGGCGUUCAGCUACGAACAGGCUCAACUACGUAUCGAUGAUGCCUCGCAAAAUGACGAACUGACGGAAAGCAUGCGGAACCUGCUGCGUUUCUCUAAAGUUCUUCGACAGAAGCGUUACGAUGCCGGUGCCCUAAACCUUGCCUCCCCUGAAGUUCGCAUUGAGGCCGGCGACGAGGCCGGCGACCCUCUCACGGACGUCAAGACAAAAGCCAUGCUCGAGACUAACAGCCUGGUCGAAGAGUUCAUGCUUCUCGCCAACAUCACUGUUGCCACAAAGAUCUACGAAUCUUUCUCGCAAACUGCUCUUCUUCGUCGUCACGCCACCCCGCCACCCCAAAACUUCGAAGAUCUCAUCAACCAACUGUCAAAGAAGCGAAACAUGGAGCUGGAUGUCUCCAGCUCCGCUGCUCUUGCCAGCUCCCUUGACCGCUGCGUGGACCCGAAGAAUCCCUUCUUCAACACCCUGGUCCGUAUCUUGGCGACCCGCUGCAUGACCUCCGCCGAGUACUUCUGUGCUGGCGCACAUGCCGAGUCUGAGUUCCGCCACUACGGUCUUGCCUCGCCUAUCUACACACACUUCACCUCGCCCAUUCGACGAUAUGCCGAUCUUCUCGUCCACCGACAGCUGGCCUCUGCUAUCGGCUACGAAGGUGAGGAUGGCCACGCCGUCAUUGAGGGUGUCAGCACACGCGGUAAGCUGGAGGAUAUUUGCCGCAACAUCAACUACCGUCAUCGCAACGCCCAGUUUGCGGGCCGUGCCAGUAUCGAAUAUUACGUCGGUCAGGCACUCAAGGCUCGCGGUGAGAAGAUGGCAGGAGGCGGUACUGACACUGGCAUUGAAGAGGAGGGCUACGUGAUGCGUGUGUUCGAGAACGGCGUUGUCGUUUUCGUUCCCCGUUUCGGUAUCGAAGGUGUUGUCCGCCUGGAGGACUUUGUUCUGCCCGGCGAAUCCGGUGUCUACUCUGUUGGGGAGCGGCGAGAGCUGGCGGUUCACCGGACUACUGAGUUCGACAGCGAAGAGUACACGCUCCGCGUGGAAGAGAAGGGCCACUCUGAGAAGGAACGUGGUGUGAACGUUGAGCUUUUCCAAAAGGUCAAGGUGAAUGUCAGCUCAGUCAAGGAGGAGGGCCGCGGCGCUGGCAAGCGCAGAGUACGCAUCUUGAUUACUGGUUAA